AUAGGUGAAUGUAGAGUUUCGAAAUCUGUAGGCAACCCUGUGCUCCACCGCUUCCGGUUCGAAAUUCUCACCGCCGCCGCAUGGCUAUGGCUGCAGGAAGCUUUUUGCAAGUGGUGAAGUACAAGGAGUUAUCCUACACAGACUGUGCAGACCUGUGGCCACGGAUAACAUACGACGACAUUAAUGAAUAUUUCAUUAAUAAGCUUGGCCACGAUAAGAGGAAGAUGGAGGCCUACAAGUCAAUGGAAGCGUACCACUAUGUUAAAAGCGGUAAAGUACACAACAUCACCAUAGCCACUGUCAACAACAAAGUAGUGCUGAGAGGGGUUGUCAGCCCCUCACAACGAUCGGGCAUGGUGUACACAUGCUGGGUUGCUGCAGAACAUGAUGGGGAGAUUGUGGAUGCAUCUUGCUCUUGUAUGGCUGGGUUGGGUGAAGUGUGCAGCCACUGUGCUGCGAUAUGCUUCACUGUUGAGGCAACACACAGAGAGAACUCGCAGCUGCCAGCACCUACAGAUCUCCCAUGCCAGUGGCUGGCACCACGCCUGAAACAGAUUCCACCUCAGCAAGCGCGGCAGCUAGACUAUAGGCGACCUCGAUGGUGGUCAGCAAAACGAAACCGUAAUGCUACUGAAGAUUCCACCAUAGAAUUUCCAGACGAUAAGUUCGAAGCUUUUGUGUCACAAAUACGAACAGUCGCACCAGAGGCACGGCUGUUCACACUCAUUGAUAUCAACCAAGCAGCCGCUACGCAACCAAGCACGCAGACUCAGGCCAGUGGCGAUUUCAUCAUUUCGCCUACAAGUCCCUUGAGCUCACUCAACAUAUGCGUCGAGCUAGACAAUAUUAAAAUAUCAAGAAGAGAUGCGGAAGAAAUAGAAAAACUCACGAGACUACAGCGGAAGAGUCCAGCCUGGUUUGCACACAGAAAAGGCAGGAUAACAGCAUCAAUAUUCAAGGACGUAUGUGCAUCCAAACAGGUCAAAGUGUCAUCGCUGCUGCAAAAAAAUUUUUGUUCCCAAAACAUUAGAAGUCCUGCCAUUUAUUAUGGUAUUGAAAACGAAGCAAGGGCAAAAGACUCCCUAUUUGCUCUGUUGUCACAGCAUCAUGCCAAUGGAAGGAUAGAAGAUUGUGGGCUCAUGAUCAGCCCGAGGUACCCUUAUUUGGGAUGCAGCCCAGACGGAGUAUACUACUGCGACUGCCACGAACCAGCACUGGUUGAAGUAAAGUGCCUAUACACAAUGAGAGACGCUGACCCAACAACACUCGCUGAAAAUGGACAGAACCAAAAGGAUUUUUGCCUAACAAGGGAUGGAACCCUAAAGCAAAGUCACAGAUACUACUACCAGGUACAAGCCCAACUGCACUUGAACCUUGUGGACAGCAAGCGUUGCUACUUUUUCCUUUUUGUGGAACGUGGUGGACACCUUGUGGAGGUUGAGCGCGACGAAGAGUUUAUGAUGUGCCAUGAAAGCAGUGUGAGAGCUUUCUUCACCGACAUUGUGCUCCCACGACUAGUUAGUGGGUUUUAAGUCAUAGUAAAACAGUGUACAGCCAAAUCA